AAAGUGAAUAUUUUGAGCGAUAAUUUUCUGCACAAACAGAAUGAUUAUUGAGUAUACUAGUGUCGUCUCUGGGCAAGUGUCGAUUGGCAGUGCAGUAAAAUUCGCUAUGACUAGGGGCACCACUGAUUAAUGUGUCGAAAAUGAACUAACAUUUACCAAAUUUAUUUGAGGUACGGCUUCGAUCUGUGGUCGAAUAAAUUUUGUCACUGGACUAUGGAAAACUUGGGGGAAAUUUUCGCUCGUGUGUGUUCUCGUAAGAAAUCGUUAACGAAACCGAUUUCGGUGGAAUGAAAAGUAUGUUCUAAUAAUAAUAAAUCGCGUGUAUAUGUGUAAGUUAACGAAGGGAUGAACCAGUAUGGUAGACUGUAUAAUGAGCAUCAAGUUAGGCAUCAGUGCCAGGUCUGACCAGGACAGAACUGUUGCAAAGAGUGUUUCCAUCUAUCUAGUAACAUUCCGAUGCCCGAUCGCUCUCAGUUAUUAGAGUGGUAACAAAGACGAAGGAUGCGAUUAGUGCUCCGUACUGUAAAUUCGGCAGUGUAAUAAGGGUUCCCUCUGUGCUUAGGAUAGCUCUUGGAUCGAUUUGGUUGGCCCUCACGGAGAGGUUAUCCAUUUGUCGACCGUAUUUUGUACCAUCGCUGUGGAAUAACUCACGAUCUUUGUUUAUGAAGCAGUACUUAAAAAAGUGAAAAGGAUGUCGAUGUUUAGAUUUGUGACGUAAAUCAGUGAAACGGCAACAGGAAUUGGAUCAAUCUCACAACGGAGAAGUAGAGAGAAUGUGUGCUUAUGUUGCACAGUGAUUUGUGAGCAUAAACUCACAAGGAUGUGUACGUACGGUCUUGGGUUGAAUUGUUUGUGAUCGGACAUAGCAAGAUUGUUUUGGAAGCAACAGCAGAACGAGCAACAAACCAAUAACAGCACCAAGCUCAUCAACAAUAACAACGGUAGUAACAAUCAACAACACUCGCCAUCAGAAGCACAAGAUUUGAAUCAGGAACAACUACAGCAGUCACAGUCUGGGCAAUUAAAAUUGCCUCAUAUUGAAGAAGAGGAAGACGAUGAGUUUGAUAUUGGUAUGCAACAUUUCCAUAAUCCCCUGCUACCAUCCCGCAUUAAAGCAUGUACAAUUCGAUACGCAGAUGUGGUACGCUCAUUAACACCCUCACCAAAAAUCAAUAUCAAUCGCAUCAAGAUAAAAUCCAAAUCGAAAUCAAUCACCUCGAAUUCAAGUACCGUUGGUGAUUUUGAAUCCAGUAGCAGUAGUACAAACGUUUCGUCGUCAGCGAAUAAAAUGCAGGCGGAACAAGGUUCGAUUGGUGACUUACAGAAGUAUCAUAGUCGAUAUCUCAAGAAUAGACGACAUACGCUAGCUAACGUCCGUUUUGACGUUGAAAAUGGCCAAGGCUCGCGAUCACCGCUGGAAGGAGGAUCACCGGCAGCUGCGGCUGCCGCCGGAUUGGUACUGCAGAAUCUACCUCAGCGAAGAGAAUCCUUUUUGUAUCGGUCCGAUUCGGAUUUCGAGAUGUCGCCGAAGUCGAUGUCGAGAAACUCCAGUAUCGCUAGUGAAAGAACUGAUAAAUUUUCUAGACUCAAAGAAGUGGAAGCUCCAACAAUCACCAGCUCAGACCGAACUCAUAUGGAAGACCUGAUCGUCACGCCAUUUGCGCAAAUUCUGGCCAGCCUACGUUCAGUACGCUCUAACUUCUACAGUUUGACAAAUGUUACACCACCCAAAUCAAAACGAAACAAUAUUCAGUUGACACCAAUUCCCAAAGCACCGAAUCCAGGGGAUGAAUCGUAUAUAAAGCUGGCUUUAGAAACGAUUGAUGAGCUGGAUUGGUGUCUAGAUCAAUUAGAAACCGUGCAAACGCACAGAAGCGUUUCCGACAUGGCGUCAUUGAAGUUCAAACGGAUGCUUAACAAAGAGCUAUCGCAUCUUAGUGAAUCUAGUAAAUCUGGCAACCAGAUUUCAGAGUAUAUUUGUUCGACCUUCUUAGAUAAACAACAGGAGUUGGAUAUCCCAUACAGCAGAGAUGACUCAGAUUCUCAUAAUCCGAGCACAUUUUGUAGAAGCAGGUCGCCACGAAUGGGCGAACGGAUGUCGCAAAUUUCUGGGUUCAAACGACCUUUACAGCACACAAAUUCAUUUACCAGUGAUCGUUUACCACAGUAUGGCGUGGAUACACCCCACGAACAUCAACUUGGACAAGUUCUCAAUAAUGCUGAUACAUGGGGCAUCGACAUAUUUAAAAUUGAAACUCUAAGCAACAAUCGACCGCUUACCUGUAUAGCUUUUGCUAUUUUUCAGGAAAGGGAUAUUUUAAACACUCUUAUGAUACCAUCCAAAGUUUUUCUAGCGUUUAUGACAACUCUAGAGGAUCACUAUGUUAAGGACAACCCAUUUCACAAUUCAUUGCAUGCGGCAGAUGUGGCGCAGAGUACCCACGUAUUGCUAAACACACCAGCACUAGAGAACGUAUUUACUGCAUUAGAGAUCUGCGCAGCAUUAUUUGCAGCAUGUAUUCAUGAUGUUGAUCAUCCGGGUUUAACCAAUCAGUUUUUAAUUAAUUCGAGUUCAGAACUAGCGAUUAUGUACAAUGACGAAUCUGUGCUAGAAAAUCAUCAUUUGGCAGUUGCAUUUAAACUCUUGCAAAAUGAAGACUGCGAUAUACUACGGAAUAUACAGAAGAAACAACGUCAAACUUUUCGAAAAAUGGUAAUCGAUAUGGUGCUAUCAACAGACAUGUCAAAGCACAUGACCCUGCUAGCCGACCUGAAAACAAUGGUUGAGACGAAAAAAGUAGCUGGUUCUGGAGUACUACUGUUAGAUAAUUAUACUGAUAGAAUACAGGUGUUAGAAAACAUGGUACAUUGUGCUGAUCUUAGCAAUCCCACCAAACCUUUGCCCCUGUACAAAAAGUGGGUCUCUCUGCUCAUGGAAGAGUUCUUCCAACAAGGAGAUAAGGAACGAGCCGCAGGAAUGGACAUCAGUCCGAUGUGUGAUCGACAAAAUGCGACAAUCGAAAAAUCGCAGGUUGGUUUCAUCGACUACAUCGUACAUCCUCUUUGGGAAACUUGGGCCGAUUUGGUGCACCCGGAUGCACAAGACAUUCUUGACACGUUGGAAGAAAACCGUGACUAUUACCAGAGCUUAAUACCUCCCUCACCGCCAGCGAAUGACGAUGCGGAGGACAAGAUUCGCUUCCAGAUGACACUUGAAGAGGAAAGUGCUUCAGAGAACGACGACUCACAUCGUGAAGAAAAUCCCUGAGUAAAAUCACAUCAUCAUCCUUUUCCGUGAAGUAAUGAUCAUAUGGACACAAAAUAAUACACAGAGUACACUCAUCUUGAAUUUGCAACCGUAUGUGCAGACCAGUACUCACAACAUUAGAACCAGCAUGUGAUGCAAUAUUGUUGUAGAAUCAUUACAAAUGGAAUAUUGAAAACAACACACACACACAUAUACAUACAAACAUACACGCGUGAGGGCAGGUUCCCUACGUUAUUAUACAUUUAAAAUAUAUAAAUAUAUAUAUGUAACACGUUAAUAAUUUAUUAGUUGAAAAGGAUUUUACGGACAACAAAGUUUUCUACGAAUAAGUUAGUUUAUUUUUGAUACGUCUGAGAUGUAUAUGUUGAAACCAAAAAGUAAUAAAUAACAGAUAUACACACCACACGAAUGGCAGAAAUAUGUCCAUACCAAAAACAUUUUUAAUUGUAGUUAUUAAUAUUGAGAGGGCCACAUGAUCUAUAGCUUAUUCAUGAACACAUCUAACCGCCUCCGUAAAAAUAUAAUUUAUAAUUGUGUUAUCCCAAUUGAUAACGAUACUAUCGCGCAGACCCCUUUUAAUGCACAUUUUCAUCCAUCUUUAAUGAAUGGAGUAAAUUUUUUUCACGAAUGACAAUCUUGAACUACUCAUGAAAUAAGCAAACCAAAAAUACCAUAUUCUCGAAUAUCUGAAUCUGAAAGAAGUUUUGAUACAGUUGAGACCCACUUCCAUCAUGUAAUCAACUAAAACUGUUGCAAUAAUCUUCUAUUAUCAGUGUUUAAAAAGUAAACGAUUUCAGAUAUGAAUGCAUAAGACUUCCAAGCUCUCAAAGAUUGAGCACGUGGUUCAGUGCGAUAAAAUUUGAAAUAUUUCUCGAGAAACAAAGAAUUGACGAAAAACCGUUCUUUUUCGGCUCGGUGUGGCGAUACAGCGAGGUAAUCAUCGCUAGUCUAGUGUAAUUCCCAUUGCACUAAAAAUAUUGCUCUGAAGGAUGAAGAAGAGGAAUACAUAACAGAAUGAAUGCAAAACUGUUUGUUUAGAAAAAUAACUAAAUAUGCCCUUUUUGAAUAUUAUUGCUUGGAAUGGUAGUGAACUCCUACUGCCCUAACAAGUUUUAAGAAUAUUUAACCUUCGGUGUACAGUCCUCCAAAAACUCCCGUUGCGUACAAUUGGAGGUGAGAGUAGCCCCGCGACUUCGAUCGCGUAUAACUUUUAUUUUUCGGGGUCAAUUGUCGAACUUUUUUCAUUUUGCAGGGAGUUUUAUCGGAGAAACGAUAAGCUAUGCUUUAUAACAGCCUUCAAUUUUUUUUGUGCUUUUGGUGUCCCGCUCCUGUGCUCCAUUUUGGAAUGGCACGACACGAAAAAAGUGGUGGGGUUAUCAUAACCUCAUUGUAGCUGAUGGAUAAGAUUAUGGUGAUUAAGGGAAAUUAAUUUUUUUUCUCUGGCGAAUAAUUUCCAGAGAUUUUGGCCAAAUCUAACCCUUUUUAGAAUUUGUAUCAUUUUGAAUGAUGUAAAAACAAAACGAUAAUAAAAGCUCUCCAAAGCACUUCUUCGUCGAUCGGUUAUUGUCCUCGAUGAUUUGGUAACAGUUUUCGAUGCAAUUUCUAAUGUUUGCUACCGAUCUAACGAAAUGGAAAUAACUAUUAUUGUAAAGAAAUGUUCGAAGACAUGAUAAAACAUGAGUCAAAAUUCAGAUUAGAAAUAUUAUGGGGGGUAACGGGUAAUCAGAGGAUAGAAAGACAAAUUGAAUAAUAAAUAUUCUCAUCAAGGAAUAGUGUUUUAAGUAUCAUUUAAAUUCUGAUGUUGUGAAAACGAAUGUUGGCUUAAACUAUUGUACAAUUAUGAUCAAAAAUACAACAUGCAACGUUACUGAGAUGAAUAAUAUCGAUUACAGGUUAUUAACAAUAUUUAAAAAUAAAUAUUGGCAAAGUUGAGGACCAUUGCAUUUGAAAACAUUUGUGUAUAAGAUUCUAGUUAAAUAUAUCUAGAUUCAAUCUACACAGCUUUAAUAGAAUUUAUCAUUAAUGUUCGUGACACCAUCUAGAAAUGUUCAUUGAAUUAAUUUUCAUCGAAUGCAAAUGAACUUACUUGCAAUCAAAAAAAAUAUUCAUGUCCAACCUCAUUCACUCUCACAUUUGUUGUUUUACAAUUUGAAACCGAAAAACGGAUACUUGUGCCUAAUUACAUCUGACGAAAAUUUUUGACAAAACUGCCAACUUUAUAAAUUUGCUUGCAUUUGGUCAAAAAGGGGCAAAGCGGGAACACUUUUGUUAAUUUUUUUUACUAUUCAAAUGAGAUAUUCAUUGCGUAUAAAAAUUAGCACUGUCUUUAGUGAGUAAUAACUCGACAAAAACUAUUUUUAUAUCAAUUAUUCGUUACGUUAAGUGAUUGUUCGGAACGAUUCAGGAAAAAAAUGUCUCAUGAUUUUUUUCACUAUUUAAAUGAGAUAUUUAUUGCGUAUAAAAAUUAGCACUGACUCUAGUGACUAAAAAGUAUUUUUAUUCUAAUUAUUUGUUACGUUAAGUGAUUUUUCAGAUUUAAAAAAAAUUGCCCGCUUUGCCCAUAUAGGGGGCAAAAAAGGGUAUUUUCAAAAAAAUUCACAUUAACAAAUAUUUAUGAAGCCAAUAUUUCGUCAACAAUUGAUGAUUAUCAAACUAUUUAUUUAAAUUUUUUUUUCAAAAAAAAACAGUUCAAAAAUUACAUUGUGUAGAAAAUUAAGUCUCUAGUAGUAUACAUAAAAAAAACAGUUGAGUAGAAUGCAAUGAAAAUUAAAUUCUUUUUCGCGCGUCGACAUUGUAUCAGUAAGGUGUACCAGAGUUUGAACUCACUCGGACAAAGUAAGAUUACUCGUAGUAGGUGCGCAGUGCUGCUAUUUCAGCUCGCGAAAAGUAUGUUGCUUGCGAUUUAUUCGUGAAAUGUGAGAGCUGGAUAUCUUGAUAAUAUGAUGUUUUUAUCUUUGCCCCACCUUUGCAACGAAAAAACAUUUUUUUUUCUAAAUAUUAUGAAACACAAUAAUGCUCAGAAACGCAAAAAUAAAGCGUUGAAGAAGUGCAAAAGAGCACAGUGAAAUAAUACGCAACUUCUCUUUUUCAAUAUGGAUUGAGAUAUUUCACGUGCAAUUGUAAAUUUCGAAAGAUUAUAACGACGUACCAAAACAAAAGGCCCGUGUCAUAAAUAUAAAUCUUGUACAAGAAAAUUGACAAAAACGCAUGGUAAAGAUCGAGGAUGAUUCAAAAUGAAUCUCCAAAAUAUUUCGGUAGCUAGCACCAUAAAGCAGACGAGAUAUCAAGCAUGCCCCGCUUUGCCCCCCUUUUCCCUAUAUUUACAACAAUAAGCUAAGUCGAUAUUCUUUAUUGAGUGAGAAACGACUUUUGGUAACAUGCAUUAUUUAAAACAUCGCAAUUCUUAACGACUAUUAGCGUAAAGCUAAUCGACGUAUGUGGAAAAUGUAACCAUCCCAAAUCUUAUCCAACACAAUGAUUUUUCAAUAUCAAAAGUGAAGUAGUUUGUUCGAGAAAUCUUACUUCAAUUCUCUAUUAGUUUUGUGUAGUAGUUCCGGAAGUCUUCUAAUUUUUUCUGGCAAUUUUAGCACCAAAUAUAGUUAAUGACAAGUAUCGUAAUAUUGGUUAGAAAUUAGGUCGUCAACAACAGAAAUGGCUACACAACUGAUGAUAUUAUAAUGUGAACCGAAAGAAAAAUAACUAUAAUAGAUUGUAAGUAGUUAUAAAAUAGAAGCAAUAUCAGAGAAAAAUCGAAAACGAAAAAAUGUCGUUCCUGGUUAAACAUAGCUGAGCUAUCACCAAAAAUUCAGUUUGUGAUCCAUUUAUAUUAUGAAUUGAUUAUUCAGGCUAUCCUAAAGAUUUUUAAUUCUUUCAUACCAAUCUUAUAGCGUGACAAAUAAAUUCAGAUAUAAUUAACGAAUGCAAUAGUUUUCUAUUUAUUGUAAUUUCCGAAACGUCAGAAGAUUUUCUCUCGGCUGAAUUUUUUUGUCAUGGUAUAAAACGGGUUUUUUGAAAACUUAUUCGAGUUUGAAAAAAAUUAUUAGUUUGAAAGGCUGUCGAAACAAAGAUUAUUUAUAACUUUCGCUAAAACAAGCAGGCACCGAAUUGCAAAUGCACUUUGGUGUAUCGCGCGUGACUUCCAGCACUUACAAGAAUACCUUAAUCGAAAAUUGUGAAAUUGGUAUUCGUCAAAUAAUCUUCUUUUAGUACAAUACCCUAGAAUUAAACAAGAAAAGGAAAACGACACAUGAGAAAGAAAAACGAUAGAACUCUAAAGCUGGAAAUAGUGAAAAAAAUUCACUAAUAAUGAAAACCACAACAAAAAUAUGAUCCCAACAAAAAAUAAGAGAGAAACAUGCAACUGUCUGAUUAUACUAAUAAUUAGUUAAAUAUCCAUGUGUAACUACUUUUGAGGGAAUACAAAAGAGACAAAACAAACAUAAAAUUAUAACAAAAAUUUCAAGGAUAAUGAUACCGAACGGUGUAGAUAGCUUUAGACACUAUUUUAUUUUAUGUUUCCUUGAAGUAUUCUUGAAUGUGUGCGUGUGAAGAACUGAUGGUUAUCAAAUUUCUAUGAAGAAUGACAUUUUUCAGCAGUAAAAUCCAUUAAGUUGCGCCUCUAUGAAGUUCAAUGCAAAUCACAAGUAUAUUUAGAAUAUUAAAAGUCAAUGUCAGUAGAAUUGAUCAAUUAUCAUGUUAUUACUUUAAUUCUUUUUCUGGUUUACUAGUCCAGUAAUAUGUAUGUUAGGAACAAGCAGAUUUUUUGCAAAUUUUCUUAAAUAAUUGCAUCAUUAUGUAAGGUAACCGUGCCAAUAAUCAUCUAAGCUACACCAUUCAUCUCAUAUAUAAAUAUCAUUAGGUAGAUGAGAACUGUUAUCUCUGUUUCACUGGCUCGAAGAAAAGCAUGAAAAUUGGUUUAUUAGCUCAAAGUUUCCGCGCGGUUAUAACCGUAGCACUGCACAUUUUUCGCUCAUUAAUAUUGCUAUGAUAUUACCUCAUAGAACCGAAGCGAAAGUGCUGACUACUAUUUCACCGCAAUGCGUUAGUUGUAGGUCGAAUAAUAAGUAAAAUAAUGCGGAGGAUAAACUUAUCAGAUGAUGAUUGAUAUAGUUGCCUUACAUAAUAUCACAAUUUCAUAACCACUGGACUACUAGAUUGGAGUCUUAAAAAUUCUAGAAAAAGCUACAGUUCCACCAGAAAAAAGUUGAGUGUUUUGAUUCGAACACGUUUUUGUUUUGUGAAUCAACAUAACCAUAAUUGUUUACCUCAACCUUUUAUGUCGCUCUUGCAUGAGAAACUUGAAUCUGAUCCAGUGUAGUUUCGUCAAACAAACACUUUUCUCUAAAUUGUGUUUGGUUCAGGUUCGAAACUAACUCGAAUUUCAGUUCAAUGACGUUGAAAUUAGGUUCGAAACAAACGGUUUGAAAGCAUUUUGGGUGGAAACUAGGUUUGAUUUGGCAUCAAGCGAAAACGGCCCUUCAAUUGAGAUUCUUAAUUAACAAUUAACAGCUAUUAUAUUUAUCUGGAAAUUCAAACAAUUAUUGCAUUACAAAUUCAUUGGUGAGAGUAAGGUUUCAUUCACAAGUUUUGUCACGAAAAAAUGGCAAAAUUCUUAUUCAGUUCUUCUUCUUUAUCACAAUUAGACAUAGAUUUUGAAACCUCCCUUAAAAAUAUUGUAAACUAUAUUUUUUAAAUCCAUCUAUUGUGUCGUAACCGGCUGCAUCGGCCAAUGCUCAACUCCAGCACUCAAUUAUGCCCACUACUUAUUAUUCAUUUUAUCGAUUAUUUUUCCAUACGUUAGAGAGAUUUUGUUGCAAAUUUUUGAAUACAAUAUUUCCGAGAAUCCUAAGAUCUUUUGCUCAUGAUUUAUUCUUUUAAAGACCAAUCUCUCACAAACAACUCGAUGCAUAUAACCCUGGAUAUUCCGUAGUCGCGUUCGGAUAGCGGAUCUAUUCCGUUCCAAGAUAUUUCCAUCUUUCCAGCAAUACAACAGGUGUAUUUCGUCUGUUUUUUUCGUCGAAUGAUUUACCAGGAACAUGUUGCCUCACCAGCCGAGAAAGCGUGAGACUCAUAUUCUCAUGAAUUUUCUUUGUAUGAGGUAUGACUCUAACCAGAGCGUCCGAGAUUCUGCUCUUGUAAGUCUCAUCGACCAAUUCUAUGAAAACCAUUGAACAUAAAUUCAGUCGUGACAGUGGAGGGUAUAUUCAUCAAGUACAUUGAAAAUUUCUUCACUCCUCGGGUCAUUGUCAAUGCCUAUUCUCGAGUCUGGGGUUACAUUGGUUCAGUAAGAUUGUGAACCAUUCAGUGAAUAAUUUCAACUUUUGGUUAAAACUUGACAAAUUAGAAAAUUAUUUGAAUUUAUUUUGCACUGAAAAUAAAACGAUAACACGUCCACACUUAAAUUUUAUAGCUGAAUCUUGGCGGAAAAUGCUGAGAAUCACAAAGCCGUGUGUUCGGUAAUCGUCUCGGAAAAAAAAUCUAAGUUUGGUAGCUGUCAAAUAACUUGUCAGCUCAGCAAAAGCGUAAAAGGGUUUCGCUUCAUUAUUCUAUGAUUUUUUUUUUGUUUCGAUUAUAGCGAUUUUAACCUGAAGGUCAUUUGCAUCUUCGGACCAGGAAAACUUUCUAACCUUAUGUGCGCGGGAUUGAGCAUCCACCUGGGACUGCGUGAAAGACAUCGUCUUACCCAUCACACUAUACCCGUCCUCCGAUUGUAUGAAAUAAUUAUUACUAAAUCUAAGGUUUAUGAGAGCGGGCGUUUUAUUGAUGCUCAUUCAAAUUUAAAACUUAAAAAUGCAGAGCUUACAUCAAAAAUAUCACCGCUGAAACGUUUGUUACGCAUCUGCCUAGAAAUAAGCAGUAGAUAGUUUUUUUUUAUCGAAAUUCUUUACCUUUACCACUUAUCUUUUAUCGAAAUUCUUUACCUUCAUAUAAUUUAUAUAUUUUCCAACACCACGAGACGGCUUGGGGCAAUGCAAAAUCGACAGUUAACAUUGUCUCGCUGAAUUUCAGUAAAACAUGUACAAUUAUCUAUACCAUGUUUUCUUUCGUCAAGACCUAGUGUAAUGAAAGUCUAAUUCUCAGAAAUAUGCUUUCUGUGUAAGUCGUUAGAGUUUUUCAUGCAAUUUUAUAUUUGAAAAAUCUGUUUUAAUCCACCGAGUGGUGUAAUAUGUCUUCUUCAUAUAUAAUAUUGGAAUAUUUUUCAAAAUAUUUUUUUUUGAUUCUUAUAAAAAACCAAAAAGAUUGUCUGUGCAUAAUCUAGAAUAACCUUGCAGAAUGAAACAAUUCUCAGAUCGAUACUGAUACUGAUAAAGACUACCAAUUGGAAUAGUUUUGAGGCCAGUCUAGAAAGUUUUUAAAGUGUUUUUUGUUUUAUCGGUUUAAGUGACGCUAUACCAUUUUUAACACACUUUGCCAUAUAACUCCGGAACUGGAAGUCGGAUUCGGAUGAAACUCAGGAAUUUCAUAUGAGAUCACAAGACCUUCCACUUGAACUUAAGUUCACGAAAAUCGGUUCAGCUAUCUAAAAUCGGUCAUGCUAUUUUUGAGGAAAGUGAGGAAGUAUUUUGAAAUAGGCAUUUUUACACUAAUCACCCUGUAAUUCUGAAACCGGAAGUUAGAUCCAAAUAAAAUCCAGGAACUUUGUAUGGAAAAACUCUACCUUUUAUUUGAAUCUAAGUUUGUGAGAAACGAUUCAGCCAUCUCUGAGGAAAGUUAGUGCACUUUUUUUAUUUUUUUU